AUGAAUUCUUCGGGCGCGGACGAGGACGAGAACGAUGCAGACGCCAAGGCGAAGCCCGGGCAAGGAGAGUCGUCUUUGGAUGACGGAGCUCCUCGCGAAGAUGCCGCAGAUCAGGGAGAAUCAUCAGAACAACAGAAGCGUCUAGCGGAGGCUGAUGAUGCUAUGCAAGAAGAUGAGGAAGAAGAAGCCAAGAGACCGCCUCCAUCUCCCGACGAGAAUGACGGGGAAGACGGGAGAAGGAGCGUUGAUACCGAGGGAGAUUAUGGCAACGCAAGUCCUCCUGAAGUUUACGUAGGGCACAAUGAGUGGAUAAGCACGAGAUCCUUCGCCCGCGGUAUCGUCCAACAGUAUUUGGCGCAAACUGAAGACACCAAUGUCACAGAAACCGCGAGUUCAUCAGGGGGCGGACUUAGCAGCGGUAGCUCGGGCAAAAAGUUCAGCAGCGACAGACCAGGUAGGGGAAAACGGUCCGCUAGCAGCAGUGCCUCCAAAGAGGAUGGUUCCGCAAAACAUGUAUUCUCCAAGCCAAAGCAAAAGUAUAAUCCAAAAGAAGACAUGAAGGCUCCUCCAGGCGAGUCCAAAGAGGAAAGACGGAGAAGAAUGAACCGAAUCACGGGGAGGCGCAAACGGGCAAAGAUUGUUAUAGAGAUUGAUGGGCUAAUUGAACAUUGCCACGAGUUCACUGCUUCCAACCAAAAGCUCAAGGACGAAAACAAACAGCUCAAGAACAGCAUUUCCAAGGUCAAGGAGCUGCUUUCCGAAAUGAAACUCCCGGCCAACGGAGCCAGCAAGGCACGGGACGCAUUUGCAAACAUGUCUUAUGACGAGGUACCAACCACUGAAGCUCUACAAGCAGCUGCCGCGGCUCUCCAGGAGAGGCGUCAGCAGCCCCCUUCGCAGCCAAUUCCGGCACAACCUCAACAGGCACCAAAUCCACCUCAAGUAGCACAGCAGCCCCAAGGGACAGCAGCAGUGCCAACGCAGGAAAACUUUCAAACGGCGUUGAAUUCGGCUGUUCAGCAGAUCAUGACGGCGAAUCAAGGGGCUGCCUCCAACAAUACGACUGCGCCUAAUAACACCAACACUGUUGUGGUUAUGCAACCACAGCAGCUCCAGCAAGCUGUACAACAAGGCAUGCAACAGGCUUUCCAAGCGAUUUUUUCUGCGGCGACCCAACAGAUGCCUGCUCAACAGCAACCUGGGAUGAUGAUGAUGCCUGCUCAUCAGCAACCCGGGAUGAUGAUGCCUGCUCAGCAAUCUGGGAUGAUGAUGAUGCCUGCUCAGCAACCUGGGAUGAUGCCUCCAACGAAUCCUUUCAUGGCAAUGCUAGGAUUUCCCAUGCAACAGCCUCAAGUGUACCAACAACCGGACCCGAACGUUGCAAUGGCGCAGCAAAUUGUACAGGCACUACAAAUGUCAGCUGGCUCUGUUCCAAUGCAAGCUCUGCAGCAGCCUCCUCCUCAGCAACCAAUGCAAGUUCAGCAGCCUAAUCCUCCUGCCCAGAGCCCUAAUCCCAAUUCGAUGCAACCCAACCAACAACAACAAAAUUCCCAAAACUCCAUGCAGCUGCAAUUUCCAAUGCAAGCUCAGCAAUUCCUUCAAAUGCCACAGCAGCAGCAACAAGUCCCCGGCCAGAACCAACUAUUACAAUUUCAACAGCAAUUCAUCUCAGCUACGCAACAGCAACAGCCUGCUCCUCCGGCUCCAGCUUACUCUCCAAUGCAAAAUCAACAGCCUCCUCCCGUCCAACAGCCCACGUCAGCAACUCAAGCUCCCCAAGCUCCUCAAAUCGUUGUACAGCCACAAGCGGGGCAACAACAAGCACAGCAGCCCACAGAACAACAACAGCCGCCAAAUCAGCAAGCUAUGCUCGAGCUGCUACAGCAAUUCUAUCAACAGAACCAACCACCACAAGGAGACAAUAGUCACGCAGGAAACCGAUAG